AUGGCCCAACCGCCAGCAGCAGCUCCACGGACGAGCUCGCCUGAGGGCGCCACCACCCAGAGCUCGCCGGACGACGCCCUAUCGGAAGAGAGUCUCAAGGAGUUCAUAACCUCACUCCCAUCACGGGAGGGGUGGCCGCAACCGCUCAUCCAGUACAAGAGCUACUGGUUCAAUCGGAAUAUGCUGGAGGGGGUCCUGCGUGCCAGGCGGGCCUUCGCCCCUCGAGCCGAAGAUGUCAUCCUCGCCACGCAGCCCAAGUGCGGCACCACCUGGCUCAAGGCCCUAGCCUUCGCCGUCGCCACCCGGUCCCGCCACGGCCUCGGCGCCCCCGACCACCCACUCCUCACCCGCCACCCGCAGCACCUCGUGCCGUUCAUCGAGAUCCCUGGUGUUGCUGGCCGAGACCACGCCGAACUCGGCGCGCUCCCAUCCCCAAGGCUUCUCGCAACGCACAUGCCCAUGUCGCUGCUCACGCCGGAGACGUGGUCGCUCGGCUGCCGGGUGGUGUACCUGUGCCGGGACCCCAAGGACACGCUCGUCUCGAGGCUGCACUUCGAGAACAUGGUGGCUCAGGAUGACUCCGCCCUAUCGAUGGAAGACGCCUUCGGCAUGUUCUGCGAGGGGUUCUCGCCCAAGGGCCCCUUUUGGGACCACUGCCUCGAUUAUUGGAAGGAGAGCAUGGCGAGGCCGGACACCGUCCUCUUCCUCAAGUAUGAGGAGAUCAAGCUGGACCCAGCACGAGUCGUGAAGAUGCUAGCGAGUUUCCUCGGCGUCCCGCUGACCGAGGAGGAGGAGAGCUGUGGUGUUGCCCAGGAGGUGGCGACGCUGUGCAGCUUCGAGAAGCUCACCAGGCUACAGGUGAACCAGGUCGGUGGGGUUGACCAUGGGAAUAAAGUUUAUAUUUAUAAUUCCAUGUUUUAUCGAAAAGGAGAGGUAGGGGACUGGGCGAACCACAUGAGCCGCGAGAUGGGGGAGAAGCUCGACCGCAUUGUCCAGGAGAAGCUCCAGGGGUCAGGGCUUGUGUUUUGAGCAAGAGUCAUUUGUUAUCUGUUGUGUUUUCCUUGUCACUCUGUUUCUUCUUUUUGGGGGAGCCCUAUCCCCUA